AUGCGAAAGAGCAAGGUCAACGAGAACGAGUCUCGACUUCGGCGUGAACGUGACGCUGCUCUUUGCACCGUUGGCGAACAGAAGCGAAAGCUGAAUAAUCUGUACACCAAGAUCGGACAGCUUUGGGAGGAAAACGAUGCCCUCAAAGAGAACAUCACGGCAUUGAAGGAUCAAGAGAAGAGCACGGAAGAGCUUUGCGGAGCAUGCAGAUUGAAAGACGCCGAGAUCGCUCAACUUCACGAACAACUCGACUCUGCAGGUGAGUUAUCCGAAGAGAGCAAAACCAUUGGCUCUCGAACCCAGGAGUGUAACCUUGCGUUGAGUAUGAAGACUAACGAGUUGUUUACAACAGCUGUGGAAGCCAAGACCGAUCCCGACGAGGACGCCGCACAGGCUGGAUUACGCAUCGCAUAUUUCAAAGCGGAGGAAGAGUUGCGAACCAAAGACCUUGCGCACGCCGCGGAGAUGGCGAAGAUCAAAGAAGAGCAUAGCAUCGUCGCUACUCGCCUCCACGAGGAAGUGCGUGAUGCUCACACAGCUACCAAUAAAGAGCACGCAGAGAAGCUAUAUACGCAAGAACAGCUUUCCAAAAUCACGCAAAAGCUCUCCGACACCAAGAAGCAGCUCUUCUACUCGGAAGAGCAGUAUCGGAUACUCUACGAUAUCAUACCCAAGCCGGGAGGGGGUAGAAUGGCAAAGCCGCCGCCUCCAAUCAUGGCACAAUCUAGCCAAAGAGGGGACUUGGAUGUCUCCGGGUCUUCAGUACCGCUAUCUUCAAGGCUUCGGUCAAGAGAUCGUUCGCUUGUUAGUCACAGCCAGGACCAAGAGACUUCUCUGACCCCGUCGCAUGUCUUUAAUGACUCAGAAAUUGAUCAAGACCAGGACUUCCUCGCGGGAUCCGAGACUCCACCUACAUUCACCCUUAAUAAGCGUACGCACAAACUCGACCAAGACCAGUCAUCAGCACAGCGAGCGAAAAAGAGGAGGGGAAAGUCAUUUUUCACACAGCCGGGAAAGAACGAGGUUUUCACCGCCGACGACAUACCUUGGCUAUUCUGUGUCGCGGGCGAAGGUGGAAUCAGUUAUCACAAGCUCGACGAACUAUCCCCUGACGCCCAGGAGAGGCUCACAGCCGACUUCCAAUUCUGGUUCAGCGCGAGCAACCACGUCCAAUAUACACGAGCGGACAGGUCCCGCCACAAUACUUAUGCUAGGAUGGUUAAAGAAGGCUUCCGAUUAGCGAACGUGGGAAGAGGAUGCGUGCAAACCCGUGUCCUUGCAAAAGGCAAGGUAUCACAGCAGAUCGGUGAGCACGAAGCUUGCAGCCCAUGUCAAAACAAAGGCUGUCCUUGCGCCAAGAUGAUAAUCCACAACGAGAACCUGGUCCUUUGUUGGUACCGACAGGGCUCCGGAGCGUCGUCGGGUACGACGUGGCAAGAUGCAGCCUACUGGGUAAGGAAAAGGCCGUCAACAAUCGAUUCUUCUCAGCUGUCGGAGGAGCUCGACGUAAACUCUUCAAGAUAG